AUGGCAGGAGCAGCAUCUGGUGGCAAGAAGCCAAAGAAGAAGUGGUCAAAGGGAAAGGUCAAGGACAAGUCCGUCCACGCCGUCAUCCUCGAUAAGGCCACUACCGAGCGUCUUAACAAGGAAGUCCAAUCCUACAGACUUGUUACAGUCGCCACACUUGUCGACAGAUUAAAGAUCAAUGGAUCGCUAGCUAGGAGAGCUCUGCGGGAUCUCGAGGAGAAGGGCGUCAUUAAGAAGGUCGUCGGUCACUCUAAGUGCCUAAUCUACACUCGAUCGGUAGCCACUGAGUAA